ACAACAAUCUUUCGUGCGUAAACUUGCUUAUUUCGCAUUAUUUUACAUCGAUGAACUGCAAAAAUUAAUAAUAAUAACAAACAUAUGAAGAUGACUAACGAAUAAAAACAUAGACGCAACAACAAAUAUAGUGCAUAAAUAUUGAGCAAAAGUCUUUGUCUGUGCAUUCCAUUGAUAAAUACUCACAAGAUAUCAGUCACAAGAGAAUUUCUUCCGUGAAGAACGAUUUUAUUUACAUUUACAACUUUGUUCGUGUCGCACGCUUUAGUCUCUAAUGACUUAUUUCAUGCACUUGCAACGAUUCUGGGGUGCCUCUGGAGACUUUUGGCAGUCACAAUGGGAUAAAAUAUUGGAUAUUACUGGAGAAGAUCCAUUCAAACUAUGGGUCAUUGGUACGAGUGUCUUGACGAUUUCGGUCUAUUGGUUGUUCGGAGGACUUUAUACGAUACUUGAUGUGACAAACAAACCAGCAUGCCUGCGUAAAUACAAAAUACAGCCGAACACAAAUGAGCCCGUAGAUAAGCAACAGUUACGGAAGGUUAUCACGCAAGUCCUGAUAAAUCAGUUUUUGAUCGGAAUUCCCAUGGCAGUGAUUAGUUUCCCGCUCGUCGAGAAGAAUUGUUUCGCGGACGUUCGUGAACUGCCGACAUUCCAUUAUGUCUUGGCGGAAUUGGCAUUCUUCAUAAUCGUCGAGGAAAUUGGGUUUUAUUACUCGCAUCGACUUUUGCACAGCAAAUAUAUUUAUAAGCAUAUUCAUAAGCAGCAUCACGAAUGGACUGCUCCAAUCGCCAUCACAGCAAUUUAUUGUCAUCCCGUGGAACAUUUCUUCAGCAACAUAUUGCCACCAUUUUUGGGUGUCUAUCUCAUCUCAUCUCACAUUACAACGGCAUGGUUGUGGUUCUGCCUCGCCAUCAUGAACACCUUGAAUUCCCACUCAGGUUACCACUUACCAUUCUUUCCGAGUCCCGAAGCGCAUGAUUUUCAUCAUUUGAAAUUUAAUCAAUGCUUCGGCGUCCUUGGGGUCUUGGAUCGCCUGCAUGGCACAGACGUCUUGUUCCGCAACAGCAAAUCAUAUUCUCGACACAUGAUGAUUUUGAACAUGAUUCCGCCACGAGAAUUGUUCCCGGAUCCAGUUAAAAAGUUUAACGCUGCAAAAGAGUCGCCAACGAAAUUAGAGACCAAAACUGAGUAAAACAAAAAUACAGGAAACAUAUUAGAGAAAAAAAGGGACUGUGAUGGCUGACAAAAAGAAUAAAUUUGAUGGCUUUAAAUUUCCAGAGGACUAAAAAAACAUGACUUUUUAUAUAAAUAUAAUCGUAACGAUCUAAAUCUUUCAUUUUAUGAAAAAGUAUAGUUGUUGCUUUUAGCUAGUGUUUCAAAUAAAAAAAAAUAUGAACUGUGGAUGUCUUAAAAAUCUGUGUUAAACACUUGUGUGUGGAGAAAAAAAACAUAAAUUGUUAGUUUAGAAGUAUCAAUAUAAGAAAAAUAGCUCAAAGCU